UGCCUCGGCUGAGCUUGGGCUGCGGCUCUGGUGGGGGUGGGUGGCGGGGAUGACAGCGGAGGUGGCAGCGGCGCGGCGCUGAGCGAGCGGCGAGCGAGCGGGGGAAGAGGAGGAAGUGGAGCCGCGGCCGGGAGCUCGGGAGUCGGCCGCCGCGCCGAGGUCCGCCCCGUUUUGCAGAGCGAGCCAAGUCGGGACCUGGAAAGACUUCCCCGCGGGGCUCCGGCCGCCGCGCCUCCCCACCGGCGCCUGCCCUGCCCUGCCCUGCCCGUCCCAGCCCCGCGGUUCGGGGCGUGCGGCCGAGACGCGCGGAACCCCGGCCCUGACCCGCUGCGCCGGGACGGGACGCUCCUAACGCCGCCGUACCGGUCCGUGGUUGCAGGGUCGCUCCGCGCCUUUCCGUCAGUGAGGGUCGGAACCCCAGCUCCAGGGCUAGCGCAGUGUGGCCCCAGGCCCUCGCCUCCGGUGCACGGGACCCGGGACGCCCCCAGCCUCUGGCUUCAUGAGACCCCAACCUUCAGUUGGAACAGCUUGGAACAGCGCGAGCGCCCGGGAAGCCCUGGCCGGGUCGUGCGCUCCGUGAGGGGUCCUAGGCGGGCAGGACAGUCGGACCGAACCGCCGGGCUGGUGCCGCGAGCCCAGGCUGUCACCUUCGUCCCGCCUCAGGCGAGGGGUUCAGCGCCUGCCCCGAAGAUAACACAGGGGUCCCCUUCUGUCCCGGCGGCCCGCGAGAGCCAAGGCUGCAGAUGGAGUCUCGCUCUGUCACCUAAGCUGGAGUGCAAUGGCACGAUCUCGGCUCACUGCAACCUCUGCCUCCCGGGUUCAAGCAAUUCUCCUGCCUCAGCUUCCUGAGUAGCUGGGAUUACAGCUCUCCCAGUGAAGUGAUAUCACUGCCUCUGUGGACAAGACACCUCCAGGAGCCCAGCUCACAGCCACCGGUACCUUCUUCCAGGGCUGCUGUUAUAGUUUCUGCAUGGAAAGCACUUGGAACAAUGCCUGGUUGUUCCCCUCUUUGGCCCUCUCAGGGCCCUAGGAGCCUUUGUGUGUCCUGCUCACAUUGUCUCCAGGGCCUCGGACAGGGCCUGGUACAGAACAUAUGACUGAGUUUCUGGAGUCCCACAGGCCAGCGUUGGAGUCCUGACACCUCAGUAUAGCUGUGCACCUCUGGGCAAAUAGUUUCUCUGCUCUGAGCCCCAGGACAAGCUGGGGGCCUCCAUGGGCGCCUGAGGGCCAGGCGCCAGGGCCGUGGGCACGAGUAUGGUGAGACACCAGCCCCUGCAGUACUACGAGCCACAGCUGUGCCUCUCCUGCCUCACGGGCAUCUACGGCUGCCGUUGGAAGCGCUACCAGCGCUCCCAUGAUGAUACCACGCCGUGGGAGCGCCUCUGGUUCCUGCUCCUCACCUUCACCUUUGGCCUCACGCUCAUCUGGCUUUACUUCUGGUGGGAAGUCCACAAUGACUAUGAUGAAUUCAACUGGUACCUCUACAACCGCUUGGGCUACUGGAGCGACUGGCCCGUGCCCAUCCUUGUGACCACAGCUGCUGCCUUCGCAUACAUCGCUGGCCUCCUGGUCCUGGCACUAUGUCACAUUGCCGUGGGGCAGCAGAUGAACCUGCACUGGCUGCACAAGGUUGGGCUGGUGGUCAUCCUGGCUUCCACGGUGGUGGCCAUGUCGGCCGUGGCCCAGCUGUGGGAGGACGAGUGGGAGGUGCUGCUGAUCUCCCUGCAGGGCACAGCGCCAUUCCUGCAUGUGGGGGCCCUGGCAGCAGUCACCAUGCUCUCCUGGAUCGUGGCAGGACAGUUCGCCCGCGCAGAGCGGACCUCCUCCCAGGUGACCAUUCUCUGUACCUUCUUCACCGUGGUGUUUGCCCUCUACCUGGCCCCUCUCACCAUCUCCUCUCCCUGCAUCAUGGAGAAGAAAGACCUCGGCCCCAAGCCUGCUCUCAUUGGCCACCGCGGGGCCCCCAUGCUGGCUCCAGAGCACACGCUCAUGUCCUUCCGGAAGGCCCUCGAGCAGAAGCUGUACGGGCUCCAGGCUGACAUUACCAUCAGCCUGGACGGCGUGCCCUUCCUCAUGCAUGACACCACCCUGCGGCGCACCACCAACGUGGAGGAGGAGUUCCCAGAGCUGGCCCGCAGGCCUGCCUCCAUGCUCAACUGGACCACCCUGCAGAGACUCAACGCUGGCGAGUGGUUCCUGAAGACUGACCCCUUCUGGACAGCCAGCUCCCUGUCACCCUCCGACCACAGAGAGGCCCAGAACCAGUCCAUCUGCAGCCUGGCAGAGCUCCUGGAGCUGGCCAAGGGCAAUGCCACACUGCUGCUCAACCUGCGUGACCCGCCCCGGGAGCACCCCUACCGCAGCAGUUUUAUCAACGUGACUCUGGAGGCCGUGCUGCACUCCGGCUUCCCCCAGCACCAGGUCAUGUGGCUGCCUAGCAGGCAGAGGCCCCUGGUGCGGAAGGUGGCUCCCGGCUUCCAACAGACAUCAGGCUCCAAGGAGGCAGUCGCCAGCCUGCGGAGAGGCCACAUCCAGCGGCUGAACCUGCGCUACACUCAGGUGUCCCGCCAGGAGCUCAGGGACUACGCGUCCUGGAACCUGAGUGUGAACCUCUACACAGUCAACGCGCCGUGGCUCUUCUCCCUGCUGUGGUGUGCGGGGGUCCCAUCCGUCACCUCUGACAACUCCCACACCCUGUCCCAGGUGCCUUCCCCCCUCUGGAUCAUGCCCCCGGACGAGUACUGUCUCAUGUGGGUCACUGCCGACCUGGUCUCCUUCACCCUCAUCGUGGGCAUCUUCGUGCUCCAGAAGUGGCGCCUGGGUGGCAUACGGAGCUACAACCCUGAGCAGAUCAUGCUGAGUGCUGCGGUGCGCCGGACCAGCCGGGACGUCAGCAUCAUGAAGGAGAAGCUUAUUUUCUCAGAGAUCAGCGAUGGUGUAGAGGUCUCCGAUGUGCUCUCCGUAUGUUCAGACAACAGUUAUGACACAUAUGCCAACAGCACCGCCACCCCUGUGGGCCCCCGAGGGGGUGGCAGCUGCAACAAGACCCUCAUAGAGCGGAGUGGGCGUUAGCUGAAGACAUGUCUGUCCCACCUGUACCUGACACAGAAGCUGGGGAGCCUAGGAGAGCUGGUGAAAGUGUGUCUGAACUCGGAGUGCUCUGGGAGCAGGCUCCACAGCCUCCUUGUGGGCUCCAGCCCCUUGUCAGCCUCAGCCUCUCUUGAGGGGGACUCCCUGCCCCCUGAGGCCCAGCUGGGCCAGGACUCCAUCCUUUCAGAUGCCCCUGCAGGCCUGGGGCUCCUUCUGGGAAGUAUGGGGCCUAGGGCUUGGUCCCCCUCUUCUGAGGCCCUCUCCUGUAUCCUGACCUGGAAGCUUUGAUGGGUCAUGGGCCAUGCCAUACCCCCUGUGGCAAUGGAGUGUGCGGAUGCUCACCUGUGCCGUCUGUCCUCCUGUCUGUGCCAUGAGGCACCUGAGUUCUCUGCUGUUAUCCUGCCCCAAGGGCCUGGGCCGAGCCUCUACCUGAAGCAACUCUGCUCUUCCUGUCAGUCUCAAAGCACAAGGAGGUUCAGCCCAGGAGGAAGCCAGCUGCAAUGUGGAGACACGUCCUCCUCCCCAACCCACCUCAUGCCACCGCCAACCCCCUGCCCCAGGAGCGGGCCUGAGCCAUGUCCCCUAGGAGCAGCUGGAGAUGGCCAAAAGAGUGAGCUCAGGACUACUGGAUCCCAUGCCCAGGUGUCCAGCAGACCUCAAGGCAGAAGGGUCACCUAACCCAGGAGUCCGAAGACUGAUGUGACCUCAGGUUCCCACAUCAGUGGCCACAGGGCAGGGCCCACCUGGUAGAAGUGUUCUGGACAUGGUCAGGGUGGGUGUGUUGCUAAGUGGGCCUGCACAGAGGGAACCCAGGGGCCUUGGCCAAUGUGAUUAAAGCUGCCAUCUUGA